GGAGCGCCUGCUUCUCUUCAUUCCCUUCCUCUCCAAUCUUCUCGCUUGCUUCUUUCCUUCCUUUACCGUGGAUUCUCUGUUACGGAUUCUGCUGCAAAGAUGACGAGGGAGAUCGUCGAGGUUGAUUUCUUCGCCUCCAGAUCGGCGCCGGCUGCCGCUGCGACUCUGGAUGCUCCCAUGUCUCGAUUUCAGAGAACCGUGUCGAAGAUCAACGCGCAGGCGCUGAGGAAUGUGCUCUCUGUACAGCACAAGGACGCGAUGGCCGAUCGAUGGCUGUCCGAGGAUCAGUUCAGGCCGGCAGCGAGCAGCCGGCCGAUCAACUUCUCGUUGCCCGUGUUCAGUUCGGCUGCUGGGGGGAUGUCGUCUGAUGGCCCUCCUGGCACCGCUCCGCUGACGAUUUUCUAUAACGGGACGGUUAGCGUCUUCAACGUUCCGUCUGAUAUGGCCGAGAAGCUCAUCAAACUAGCGGCAAAUGGGAAAAGCACGCCGGCGGAGCCCCCGGCAGUUCCGGCAAGAUCGACGCCUCCCGGAUCUGCGCCUGCUGCGCAAGCGGAUGUCGGCAACACGCUUAACAAAUUAAGCCAAGAUCUUCCCAUUGCGAGAAGAAAGUCACUACAGAGAUUUCUGGAGAAGAGGAAGGACAGGUGAUUGCUGUCUUCCACCUUGCCAUACGAGCAACCUGCCGAUGAACAGGACAAGAAGUUAUCGGGCACCCCCCACUCGUAGACACCGGAAUCCCCUAACCUCCGUUAACCUCUGUAACGCUCAUUCUGCACUAUGCAGCAUUCUGCAGUAUGUAAGUCGGAUGAGGCGUCAUGGUGAUGAGUUGCCAUUGAUGAGCAUAGUGUAGAUUGAUUAACGCAUGUUAUUGUUAUUAUUGUUAUAAUGCUUCUUUUCCUUUUAACUGGGAUGUCCUUUUCCUUUUGGUCCUCUUUUUGCUUGUGUUCCAUGUGAAAUUUGGGAUUUUGCACCGGCUGCCCACCGGUCUGGCUAUAGUUCUAUGCUUGGUUGCCGCACACUAUACGGUGCUUUGUUCAGCAGCCUUGUACAUUUAAUAUGUAACACCUACUUUCAGUA